AACCUGCAGGUAAAGACGGAGGGUCGGAGGUACGUCCCGAAGGUCCGAAAUGGUUUUCAUUUUAGUGGCACGGCCACCACCGCUCAACUUAAAACACGGCCAGAUCCCAUCUAGGUUUGAGAGUCUAGAAUCACCUUCUUACGAUGGAUUUCCUUCAUCCUGACCACCCUCUUUCUCCAUUCGCUUCCCUCCUUUCUACCAACGAUCCUCCAUCUGGUACUGAAACCAAAGCAGUAGCAGAGUUUUUGCCAGACCAUCUCAAGAAACUUUCCAAAUACGAUGAAGAGAUCGCCAGUGUCACUGCUUUUAAAUCGACGCACUAAUGAGCGUCGACACCUGCAGCAAUAUGACACUACUCACCAAGGCAUCUUGUCCUGCAUCCGAACAUUUCCCACUGAAAUUCUGGAAAAGAUAUUUAUGCAAACGGUCGAUAAUCACUAUGAUGUUUUUGACACGAAACGAGGCCCUUGGGCCCUGGGACACGUCUGUCGCCGUUGGAAGGAUAUCUCACGAUCAUAUCCUGCUCUUUGGACUGCAUUGGCAAUCGAAUCCCUUCAUCUACAGCCCGAAAGCCGUCGGUCCUACCUCCCUGAAAUCCUCGAGGAAGUAUUGGUCUUGACCGGCAAUCAGGAACUGGACGUCAGGUAUUCCUUGCAGUCGCUGAUCGUGAAUGACGGCAACACCCACCGCGGUCGUUCGAAAGUACUUUGGGGUGAUCGAAAGUCCAGUUUUUGGAAUGUCUUGCAGGGACUGUUCGACAUGUUGGUCGGUCAUUCCAUGCGGUGGAGGAGUGCCAGUUUCGUCGUCCCAUGCAAAUUAGGCGGCCGUAGACUACGGCAGGCGAAGGGGAGGCUCUCAUCACUGGUCAGCUUUGACCUCUCGCUUUGUGAAGGACUAGGGGAAGGCGUCCAUUUCGAUAGCAAAACGCUUGAUGCAUUGUCUAUCCCGCCAAAGCUCCAGGUCUUGACCGUCACCGACGUGCCCAUCGACGUAUUGCCGUCUCUUCCGUGGUCACAGAUGCGCUACUUAAGCCACGAUUUCCUGACUUCCAUUGAAGGUCAUUUAUAUCUUCUUGCCAAAUCCCCGUUGCUCGAAACUUACAUAGCAAGUUUCUACGAUCCUUCCCCUUGGGAGGAGCUUGAACUACAUUGUACACACAAUCACUUACGCCGACUGGAACUGUCUUGCUAGAGUUCAUCCCCGACACUCCUACUGUACCUGACAUGCCCCGUCCUCGAAGAACUUUCUUUGUAUGUCCGCGAUCCAGAUCAUCUCUCGCAGACGCUGUACGAGUUUAGCGAUCGUUCUGGUUGUUCCCUGCGCCAGCUCUCUGUCAAAGUCAGAUACCCCGGAAACCUACGUUUUCAACGUUCAUUUACGUCUAAAAUGAACGGAUGGAGUCAUGUGUUAUUUCCUGGAUUGGCGGUACUCAACAUGAUUAUUGAGGACGGUGGAGAGGAUACCCCAGCCUUACUCGAAAGGCUCACAGAUAUCAUAAAUGUGCGUUGGAACGCGGGUACUUGUGUCGGGUUACGGU